AUGAGUUCGAAUCCACAACAAUCAAAAUCAUCAGGACCACCAUGGGUACCCAAUACGGCCUCACUAGGGGGUAUCCCAACCGUAUCUGUUGACGUACCCAUCGACGCCGUCUUCCUCGCACUAUUCAUUGUCGCCGCCGCUUCUCACAUGACAUUAUUCCGCCGUAACAAGGCUAGAGGGCACAAAUUCAUCCCAUCCGGCGCAACAUUCGGCUUCUGCAUGGCUCGUAUCGUGGCAAAUGUCCUUCGAAUCGUUUGGGCUUGUUAUCAACAUAACGUGCGCGUUGCUAUCGCUUCUCAGAUCUUCGUCGCUGCCGGUGUUGUUGUCCUGUUUAUUCUGAAUCUACUCUAUUCGCAGCGUCUGCUUCGAGCAGCUCAUCCUCAUCUCGGAUGGUCUCGUCCGGUAUCAUAUCUGUUCAAGGCGCUCUAUGCGCUCGUCAUCAUCAGUCUGGCAAUGCUCAUCACAGUUACCGUGCAGAGUUUCUACACCCUCAAUACGAACACAAGACGCAUCGAUCGUGAUGUCCAACUGUAUGGAUCGACGUACUUCAUGACGGUGUCGUUCCUCCCGUUCGUUAUCAUCGCCUAUAUCCUUCUGGCUCCGCGUUCAGAUACCCAGCGGAUUGAGAAAUUCGGCAAGGGGAGGUGGCGUACCAAGAUCAGGCUUCUCUGCGCGACAACUUUCCUCCUUUGUCUAGGUGCUUCGUUCCGCUGUGGGACGAGUUACAAGAAUCCAAGACCGGCGACGGAUCCAGCGUGGUAUCAGCACAAAGCGUGCUUCUAUAUCUUCAAUUUCGGCGUUGAGAUAUGCACCGUGUACAUCUACUUGUUCGGACGCUUUGAUCAGCGGUUCUAUGUGCCUGAUGGAAGCUCGAAGGUCAGACAUUAUCGUGGCAAUUCUGUUAGUGAGGCAUCUGAGCCGAAGGGAUACGAGCAGCAAGUUCGAAACGAAGACGGGGAUGAGGAAAGUGGAUUAGAUACUUUGCCUAUUGUUGAUGAGGCAAGGAAGGUGGAUUAUGCAAAUAACGAACAGACGGUGGUAUGA